AUGUUUAAGAAAUUCUUUCCAUUAUCCAGAGCUAGUUCAAGCAAGUCCCCAGCAGUUUCAAAAGAUUCUUCAUCAAGUAACCCUUCAGGUGAAAGUGAGAUUGUUAGUAAGAGUGAAAUCCCUACACUUUUAAGACGCCAUUCAUUUGCUCUACCAAGUUCUCAAAUUGGUGAUAUUGAAGUUAGUGAACAAAGUAUUGACCCUUUUGACAAGGUAAAUACUUUGAGAAGAUCUAGAAGCUUACAAUUAGAGAUUCCCAAACCUCUUCCGGUUUUAAUUAGGGAAUCAAAAUCACCUAAAGCUGUUAAAUUCAAUGAUGAGGACAAACUCAAAAGUUUAUGCUGGGACGGGAGAGGUCCAAGCCUUCAAGAUGAAUCUUAUGAAUCUCAAACAUCUAAUUAUACCGAUGAUAACAUUGAGACUUUUAAGAAGAAUAAAGUAAUUCCAUUCAAAGGUGAUUCACUCAAAGAGGUUCCAUCCAAAGGUGAACCAGUCACCACCAUUCAAGAAGCCACUAAAAAAUUUGAUGAAAACAUUCAUUGGUUAGAUGAGGUUGCCCAUAGUAAUAAUAGUUUGAAGUUAAACAAGCUCAAUAUCGAAUACUCCUUGAAUGAAAGUCCUAACUCAGAGCCCCACAAUGAGACCAAUAAGAUGGAUCUUCAUAUUUAUGAGCAAGAUAAUCUGACAGUCACAGAAUCUCAUGAUGAAACGACUAACGAAGAAAUCUCUCUGUUGAAAGGAUUGACCAGCUUUGAGCAGUCUUCCCCUAAGAAAACUUGGCCUGCCCAUGAAUUCAUUCAUAUCUUAGAAAACCUUAUACAUGAAGUUGAUCCUUCUAAAACUUAUGAGGAUUUCGAAAACACCGGUGGUUUGAUUUUCUCCCAAGUAUUACAUCGUUUAAGAAACUAUAAGAGUGUUAUUGAGCAGAAAGACUUGGAUAUUUGUCAAUUAACUAAAUCUAACCAACAGCUCACCAAAACUGUAGAAGAGUUGAGUGUCCAGCUCCAUCAACAAGGUGAGAUUCAUGAAAAUACAGUGAAACUUCAAGAACUUAAUACCAGCUUGGCCACCAAAAUCAGAGAUACAGAAUACAAGCUUCAUGACAAGAUUAUCCAAAACACAUCUUUGACCAAUAAGAUUCAUCAGUUGGAAACCAAAAUCAUCCUUAUGGAAGUAGAUAAUGAGAAUAAUACCACCAGACUUAACAAGAUUUAUGAUAUCUUCCAAGAUAAAGUUGGAAUGAACGAUCAGGAUGGUUUAGAAGAUCAUUUAAUCAAAGUAUUCGAUGAUCAUGAAAACCAUCAAGGAAUCAUCAUCGACUUGAAAAAUGAAAUCGAAACACUUCAUGAUGCCAAUAGUGAACUUCAGAACCAAACCACCAGAUACAAAGAAUUCAAUGAAGUACUUAUAAAUGAAAAUGAUAAUUUCAAGCAACAAAUCAACGAUGUGAUCUUGGAGAAAGAUCUCCAAAUCAUGGGCAAAGAACUUGAAUUGGAGAAUGUGAAUGGAGAAUUACAACAAUGUUCUUGUCAAUUACAAUCAGCUGGUUUGCAAGUUCUUGAACGAGAGUCUGCACUCAAGCAUGCCAAUGAAGAAAUCUUCGAGUUACAAUCCUAUAAUUUGCAAUUAGAACUGAAAAUCAAUGAAGUAGAAGAUGAAUUGGGAGUUGUUCAAAAUCAUAACGAAUCCUUACAGAAUGAGUUGAACGUCAAAGUUGUUGAUAACAAAUUGUAUAAGAACGAAUUACAAGGGUUGAAACAAAGUUCUUAUAUUGAAGUUAAGGAGAAAAUGGUGGUUAUUAACCAAUUGAAACAAACCAUUGAUAACAAGAACAUGGAACUUGGUGAUAUGAACACAAGUAUCAAUAACCUUAAGAUGGAAGUGAUGGAUAAAGCAAAUUUGAUCAACAACUUGACUUUACAGUUGAGCAGACUCUAUCAAGAUAACCAGUUUCUCCAAGAAACCAAAAAUGAUGCCCAUACUAAACUUUCAUGUGUUCAGAAUGAUCUUGAAACAGUUACCAAAUCUUUUAAAGAGGUUAAUGGUAUUAUCAAAGAUCAUGAACACACCAACCAAUCAUUGGUCCAUCAACUCAAUCAGUAUGUGAAAUCCAAUGAGAUUCUUCAUAAGUUCUUCAUCCUGUUACUCAUGAAUUUGAAAGCCAAGUUGAAACCCAUGAUGUACAAUGAGUCUAUUAAUUAUAUGACUGAGAUCGUUAAACCUUGUAAGAUGACAAAAAUCUAUAAUGAUGGACAUCACGAGAUGUUCAAGGAAAUCACCAAUUUCACUACUAAAGCAGUAUCUGACUUGGUGGAAAACUACCUUGAAAUGGAGAAAGUGUUGCAACAAGAACUUGAACAGAAAAGUGCAAACUAUAACAAUAUGUUGAAUGAUUUGAGUCAAAUAAUGCUUGCAAACCUUUCAAAGUCCAAAACUGAGGCUAAACCAACCCAUAAAAGUUUACCCAAGUAUUUGAAUGAAACUUAUGUUAAAAAUGUAUAA